AUGGAUUCUCCCGAAACUUUCCAUGUAAUCGAUUUAACUGUUCGAGAGUACUACAUGCUCACACCGGCAACUCCGGUUCUGAUAACCUACGGAAUGCCUAACUGGAUGCUCCUCCCCAGCGGACCUUCCGCUCCAACAACCAUUGCUUCAACAUCGGACCUUGUCUCCUUGAUGAACCAGAGACCACCUCUAACAGACAUAACGCUCCUGUGUACUAUAGGUGCCAAGAGUGGUGCAGAGUUUCAUUUCCCCACUCGGUCUGAUUUCACCAUUGGAUUUUCAACCUAUGUGGUUGGAAAUGGUCAGGAUGAUAGUGCCAGAGCAAGAUACGAGGGUUUGGUGUUGGGUGAGAGACUUCUUCUCAGUGAGAGUGUGCUCGAGGAGAUAUUUGGUGAGGAAUAG